ACCGGAUAUUGGGAGACGUUCGCAGCGGUGAUCAAGUCCAGGUCGCAUCAAAUAGAAGCAAAGCCAACGACCGGAAGCAUUGGGGAAGCCUUUCUGGACAAUCAUGGCCCGGACUCCGUCCCUUCCCCCCUGAUCAGGGUAGCGUCCAAGCCACAGCCAUGAAAUGAAAGUUUCGCUUGGGAGAGCUCAGGCCUCAUCCUAUGAUCCUUGCUAUGAUCCAACUUUGCCACAUCGGGUCAUGAGCCCACUCCUCAGGACACGGACGCGCGUGUGGGAGUUCCGUCCCGGAGAUCCACGAAUCCAACUCCAGCAGGAGAGAAAAACGCAGCCGCAGUCAAUGGGUGCUGUCAGAGAACCAAGUCUCUUCAGAAUGCUGCAACCCACCCCGAGCAGAUCCUGCGGCGAUGCGCGAACAGGAAGGCAUCCUCCCCCGACCCCCUGUCAAGCUUGCGAGGAACGAGUUCCUUGGUGUCAGGAGCCUAAGACUAGGAGAUGCAGCGGAAGUAUGACUGGGGUUUGGAUAUAUACGUUGGAGCUAGACGGAUCCUUCGAGGUGUUGCACCUGCAGAAAUGGCGCAGAUUUUAUAUGAAGGGACCACUUAAUACCAAGUAGUUUGGUCUUGGGAUGGGUCGCAGACUGAAGACCUUGUCGCUCCAGGCAGGCUCCGUGUUAGCAUCGAAAUGGUUCUCAACAUG